AUAUAUUUUGUAUUUCACAGAAAGUGCAUAUAAGACAUGUACAGAAGAUGGCAUAUGGUUUCAUAAUGGUGAGAACCAUUGGACCAAUUAUACCGGAUGUAUGCCCAAGACUCACGCUCCAACUCUAGAUUCAUUUAACCCCAAUCUCAUUAUCUCAUUUCAGGCGCUUACGCUAUUCGCCUCAUUUAUGAUCCGUUCGUUUAUGUUUAUAAUGAAAUGCUGGAUCGACUCCCGAGCUCUCCCGUCGUACGGUCCCUCCCCGUCCAACCCGUUAUCGCAAUCCGAUUCCGGGCUAUCAUUAUUCAAUAACGACGAGUCCCUCAUCCCGGCUCCAGUCAUCACAGAAAAUCCGCGCAAGUUGUCAUUAGUCUACAGCCGUUAUACAAUUAAGGCU